GAUAUGGGGGAAGAGAACUGCACUGCUGUGACAGAGUUCAUUCUCCAUGGGUUAUCAGAUGCCCCUGAGCUGAGGGUCUUUCUGUUCCUGGUGUUCCUUCUCAUCUAUGGAGUCACGGUUUUGGGCAACCUGGGCAUGAUCACACUGAUUCAGGUCAGCUCUCGACUUCACACUCCCAUGUACUUUUUCCUCAGUCACCUGUCCUUGGUGGAUUUCUGUUACUCCACAAUCAUUGUGCCAAAGAUGCUAGCUAAUAUCUUAAACAAAGACAAAGCCAUCUCCUUCCUGGGCUGUGCUGCACAAUUCUACUUGUUUUGCACAUGUGUGGUAACUGAGGUCUUCCUGCUGGCCGUGAUGGCCUAUGACCGCUUUGUGGCCAUCUGUAACCCACUGCUGUACAUGGUCACCAUGUCCCGGAAUCUUUGUGUGGAGCUGGUGUCUUGUUGCUACCUUGGUGGCACUGUGUGUUCUCUGAUUCACCUGUGUUUGGCUCUUGAAAUCCCAUCCUAUAGAUCAAAUGUGAUUAACCACUUCUUUUGUGAUCUGCCCCCUCUCUUAUCUCUUGCUUGCUAUGAUGUCACUGUGAAUGAACUGUUUCUGUACAUUGUGGCCUCUUUGAAUGAGAUCAUCACCAUUGUGAUCAUCCUCACCUCCUACUUGUUUAUUUUGAUCACCAUCCUGAGGAUGCGCUCUGCAGAGGGAAGGCGCAAAGCUUUUUCCACCUGUGCCUCCCACCUCACAGCCAUUGUUGUCUUCCAUGGGACAAUCCUUUUUACUUAUUGCCGGUCCAGUUCUGGUAACAGUGGGAAUACUGACAAGGUGGCUGCAGUGUUCUACACUGUAGUGAUUCCCAUGCUGAACCCCCUGAUCUACAGUCUAAGGAACAAAGAUGUGAAAGAAGCUCUCAGAAGAGUGAUGGGCUCCAAAAUGUUUUCCUAG